ACACGCUACGAGCAAAGCCAGCGGGGUCGGGGUCUGUCUCUGUCUCCCUCAGUCGGUAACAGCCACUUCUCAGCGAUGUUGCGCACCGUCCUGAAAUCGUCCGCUGUCCGACAGCUGCAGGAGGCUUGCAGGAAGCCUCUCGCAGGCGGAGUACAAGCCUGCCAGACGUAUGCCACUGCUCAGCUGCCGGCUCCCCAGCCAGACGCCAAAGCUUUAUACUCUGGGAUAUUCAUCAACAAUGAGUGGCACAAGUCAUCAUCUGGAAAAACAUUCCAAACCAUUAAUCCUGCAACAGGUGAAGCUGUUGCUGAAAUUCAAGAAGGCGGCAAAGCUGAUGUUGACAAGGCAGUCCAAGCAGCCAAUGAAGCUUUCCGCCUUGGGAGCCCAUGGCGCACUAUGGAUGCCUCACAGAGAGGAUACCUUCUCAAUCGCCUGGCUGACUUGAUAGAUAGGGAUGCUGUUUAUCUGGCGUCACUUGAAACACUUGAUAAUGGCAAACCAUACAACAUGUCCUUGCCUGUGGAUGUGAAAGGAGCUGCAAAUAAUCUUCGUUAUUUUGCUGGCUUUGCUGACAAAUUCCAUGGCAAGACCAUCCCCAUGGAUGGACCUUUCUUUUCUUUUACCCGACAAGAGCCAGUAGGAAUUGUCGGUGCAAUCUUGCCUUGGAAUUUCCCAAUCAUGCUCCUCUCUUGGAAACUUGGCCCGGCUAUUGCCAUGGGUAACACAAUUAUUGUGAAACCCGCUGAACAAACACCGCUGACAACUCUCCAUGUUGCCCAAUUGGCCAAAGAAGCUGGAUUUCCUCCAGGUGUCUUUAACGUUGUCCCUGGCUUUGCGGAGGCUGGCGAGGCUCUUGUAAAGCACCCUAAAGUGGACAAAAUUGCUUUUACUGGAUCUACAGAGGUUGGAAAAAUUAUUCAGAGGGGUGCAUCUGAUACUUUGAAACGAGUUACUCUUGAACUUGGUGGCAAAUCUCCUAAUAUCAUCUUAGGAGAUGUUGAUCUUACUGAGGCUGUUGAAACAGCUCAUUUUGGUCUUUUCUUCAACAUGGGUCAGUGUUGUUGUGCUGGUUCCCGUACCUUUGUCCAAGAUGACAUUUAUGACAAAUUUGUGGAAGCAGCUGGGGAGCGAGCUAAGAAACGUACUGUUGGCAAUCCUUUUGAUCUGAAUGUUGAACAGGGACCACAGAUUGACCAGGAGCAACUGUCCAAGAUUCUUGAAAUGAUCAACAGUGGCAAGAAAGAAGGUGCGAAACUUGUCACUGGCGGUGCACAGGUUGGUGAGAAGGGAUAUUUUGUUGCACCAACUGUGUUUGCUGAUGUCAAGGAUGACAUGCGAAUUGCAAGAGAAGAGAUUUUCGGCCCAGUCCAGCAGAUUAUUCGUUUUAAGAACCUUGAUGAGGUCAUUCAGAGAGCAAACAACAGUGACUAUGGUCUUGCUGCUGCUGUUAUGACAAAGGACAUUGAUAAGGCUAUGUACAUUAUGCAAGGUCUACGGGCAGGAACUGUAUGGAUUAAUACCUACAAUGCCCUGUCAGUCCAGGUGCCAUUUGGUGGUUACAAACAGUCUGGCUUUGGUCGAGAUGCUGGACAGGAUGCUUUGAAUGCCUACAGUGAGAUUAAAUCAGUGAUUGUUAAAGUUCCACAGAAAAACAGUUAAACAGUUUUGGAAUUUCAGCAUUAAUUGGCAAGAAACAAUCAAGACUGCACUUCGAGUAAAUUAUUCAAGAGCUGUUGGUGCACAAAAUAAUUAACUCUGUAAGAAUUCUUCCAUGAGACAUGUGUCUGUCAUAUCCUCAUUUUGAGCCAAAACUGAACCAGUAUUGUGUCUAAAACACUUAUUUUCGUACUAUUUUGUUGUCGUUUUGUGUUAGGAUUAAAAGUGAUUUUUAAUAGUAAAAUGAAACACACACGCCUAUUGUCAUGUUAUUAAUAAAGAGUUUUAUAAAAA